GGAUAUUUCUAAUUUCAAAAAAUCGUUUUUAAUAUGUUGACAUUCCAUGAAAACGCACUCUCGCAUUAUGACUUGAGAACCUGCCUUCCGUGCAUGGAGGAGCCCUAACCUCACAAUUUAUCUGAGGCACUGUCGGUGUUUAUUUCGCAGUAGUUUAAAUAAUCUGUGACAUUAAGUAAUAACUGGCGAAAAUGCUGUCGCGAACAGCAUUAAUCAUAAACCGGCGCAUAAUAUCGACGACAACAGUGAAUUGUCAGAUAAUCUCCGGUAGAUCUAUUCACCUCUCGCACAGGAUAAAUAAUCCGACAAUCACCCGGCAUUCGUCCCUGAAGCUCUCUCGGUACUCACCGGUCCUCAGUACCUCCUUCGUGCGAUGUUUGAGUACAGAGGACACCUCAGAGAGAGGGGAAACCCUGGGAUCUGUUCUCCAAGCUGCGAAAACUCCUGUAGACAGCUCAACCCAAUUUCCCACAGAUAAUUUCGUCGGGAACGUGACCCCAGAGGUUGUGACGACGACGAAUAUCGUGGAGAAUAUUCCACUUGGGGCAGAAGUACUUCCAGUAAUCCCAGAUGCGCCCAUAGCACCUCCAGUCCCUCCCCCAGAGGCCCUAGAGACACUAUCAGCCCUGGCAGAGCCGACAUUCCAGUCCGUGGGACUGGGUUCGUGGUGGCCAUCAGGAAUGAUUCAACAGCUCUUCGAAUACGUGCACGUGGGGAUGGGGGCGCCCUGGUGGGCGACAAUCAUCAUAGGUACUGUUUGCAUCAGAACUCUCAUGUUUCCCCUGAUCAUCCAUUCCCAGAGGAACGCAGCGAAAAUGCACAACACUCUGCCAGGUAUGCAGAAAAUCCAGCAGAGGAUUACCGAGGCUAGAUCCUGUGGUGAUCAACUAACUGCAGCAACGGAAACUCAUAAACUUAUGUUGUAUAUGAAGCAGCACGAAUGCAAUCCUAUAAAGAGUAUGAUUGUUCCUCUGUGUCAGGCGCCAAUAUUUAUCUCAUUCUUCUUCGGUCUAAGAGGAAUGGCGAAUCUACCAGUGGAAAGCAUGAAAUAUGGGGGUCUCUGGUGGUUUGAGAAUCUCACAAUUCCUGAUCCUUACUAUAUGCUGCCUGUCAUCACAGCAGGCACCCUGGCACUCACGAUGAAACUGGGUAUCGAUACUCCUCAGAUGGAGAGCAUGGGGGUAUUCAAAUAUGUCAUCAACGCACUACCUUUGAUCAUCCUUCCUUUUAUGAUCAAUUUCCCAGCAGCACUCACAUUCUACUGGACGAUAACGAAUAUUUACGGAAUGUGUCAAGUGUUCAUUCUGAGAAUUCCCAAAGUUCGAGAAUUUUUCAAAAUUCAGGCAAAAAUUAAUCAUCCUGCUGAGGCUCUGGCUAAACCAAAAAAAUUCAAGGAAGGGUUCAAAGAUUCGUGGUCAAACAUGAAACUAGCUCGAGAAAUGACAGCGCGAGAACAGAUUGACAGGGUCCAAUUUAACAAAGCUGGGAGAGGACCUAUCCAGAAAACCUACGCUUACAAUCCAGUGCAGGAGCACCUGAAGAAAACUCAAGCGAUGGCCAAGAAGAGCUAAAUAAAUCUGUACAGACUGCGUACCAUAAGUCCUCUAAUUUGUAAAUUAAAUUAGUUAAAAAAAUACAGUAAAUUGGAAAUAAAGGCAUUAACGCUCA